AUGGAGCAGGUACAUGGCAGCGUGGACAUGUCCAGUGGGAGUUUUGAAUGCAAGAGACGACGCGUCUCUGCGGCUGCGUUGCAGCAGUGGCAGCACUGCACGACUCAUGCUAGACAGUGUCGCGUGGACACACCUGUGAUGCUAGACGUGUCGGGGCUGCCGUGCCCGGACAACAGCCGAGCAAAGCGGGGUCGCUUGUUCCAGGAAGGGCCCAGCGGCAAAGUGUACAUAGCUUGGGCAGCGCAGCACAAGCUCAAGCAGACCCCACUGCUCAUUUUGGAGAACGACAUGAAGAUGACGGCCAUUGCGGCAUUGCUGGAGGAUGACUAUCUGGUCAUUCCUUUGAGAGUUUCCCCCAGCGACGCAGGGCACCAUGGUAUCUCCCGUGACAGGCUUUAUGUCUUCUGUUCGCAUCGGAAAGCCGGCAGAUACCUCUACGAUGUGCACGAAGCCUAUGCGUGUGUCAGCAAGAAGUUGCGCCGGUACAUACACACGCGUCCCAGGGACUACUUCGUGGCCUCCGACACAGACAUACACCUGGACGCCCAUAGGAUCGCGACACAGCGGCGGGUCCCAUUCGCUCCGGGCGUGCGAGACCUGAGCUAUCUGCUCAACUCCAGAGAGCUCGAGCAGAAAGCGGGGUACGAGCUCCACUACAGACUCCGCUUUGGCGGCAAUGCGGAGGACGAUGAGGACUGUUGUGUAUAUCUAGGCGACAAUGUUCUUUGGACAGUGACAUGGUCUGCGGUAAGUGGGAGAAUCCCCACCUUGCGCCGCGGCAGUGGCAAAAUGUGGAACUGCUCCAAGCAGCGAUGGAUGUGUCCCGUGGAGAAGCUGGCAU